AAGAUUAUAGGUUCAGUAUAUAAAGUAUUUACCAAAAACUCAAUAUUUUUGAAGAGGUUAACACAUGGAUUUUGAGAAAAUUUCAAAAAAUAUGACUAUAUUGUUUUAAUGCAUAGUUGCAUCCUGCACUAACAUAUGAUGAUGUUCAACGAGUUUUGGAGCCUUUGUUGUCUCCGUUUUUCAAGAAAAUAGUUAUUUUAUAGUAGUUAUUUCAUCGAUUUAGGGAGUAUUAUGAAGUUUUAAUAAAUUAAUUGAUAAACAAAUUAUAGCCUGAAUCUAAAGGGAUUUCUGGGCGAUGGCGGCUCUGAAUACCCUAGCAAGCGAAGGCGAUGGCGGCGACGCGAGUGAAAGUGACGCCACGGCGGCUCUGUCUAUUCAGGCUUUGGGGGUAAUCGGGAUAGCUACUGAGCCUGCGGCUGAGGAGAUGACGAAGCAGGGGAAUGAAGCGAUUGUUGAUGGCAAGCGCCAGAGUGAUGGAUCUCCACGUUCUGCUCCUUGGGUGAAGAAGAAGAUGGGAGGAGGCGAACCAGAAGCCAUUGUAGAUGUAGUGGAUGGUGUUGCCUCGCUUCAGAUUCCCGAAGAGAUUUUUGAUGAGGCGGAGCUCCUGUGGAAAAGCUAUGUUGGUGGGUUUAUUUCAUUGGAGAUGCUCCUCAUGAGUUCCAACAACCUUUACUCUCACAAGGGACUGAAGUGCUUAUCCAAAGCAGUCGGUCAGUUUGUGAAACUUCACCCGAGUACGGAAAAGUGUGUGAGGCUUGAUGUGGCCAGAGCUCUUGUGAGUGGAAGUAAUUUUCAUGGCUCCCUCCUCGUUGUAGUGUCUGUCCGCAGGUGGGGCAUAAAGGUCAGGACUGUUCGAGAUUUGGAAGCGCUUACGCCUGUGGCUAAUAACGUUGCUGCGCUGGAAGGCAUAAGCUACUGA